CCGCGCUCGCCGGCCGAAGAAGGCGCUGCAUCGCCGCCGCAGACCGAUCAGAGCAGUGAAAGUGGCCGCCAGUCCGGCCGAAGUCUCUAUCAGCAGGUCCCGCGCGCCGGUGGAUCGCCCGGAAUAUAUACGAGUACGUCGAGUGAAAGGGGUGCGAGUCGUUUGGAACUGAGCUGGGAGCACACGGCGGGGUUUUUCGAAUUUUUCGAAUUUUUUUCGGUGAUGUGGUUGUGUUGCGCAGUGAGGAACGGGUUUUUCGUUUGACGGUUCGUUUGUCGCAUACCCCCUCGAUCGUAUAAUGUAAGGAGCACCAACGGCGAUCAGUAGAACAGGUCUCGACAUGGAUUCGUCCAGGAUAGGCCUGGACUUCAUCGUCGAGAAUCCCGACUACAUUAGGAAACUGGCAGCGGCCCUGGACACGCAAAAUACAACUGUAAAGAAGCAAGUGUUCGAACUUCUAUCCGCGCUUUGCGUUCACAACGAAGAGGGACGAUCCAGGGCACUCGAUACUCUAGAUCAUUUUAAGAAAUUAAAAGGCGAGAGAUACAGACUGAACGUGGUAGUCCAGGAACUCGACCGAGCCACAGCCGUGGACUAUCAAACCGCCCUGGUAGCUUUCAUCAAUUGCCUGAUCAUCUCCACCCAAAGGCUCAACGACAGAACUAGGUUAAGGAACGAAUUCAUAGGAUGUCAUCUACUUCCGGUGCUGAAUAAUCUCAGGAAAUGUGCAGAAGCCGAGCCCGAGCUGGCCGUCCAGCUGGACGUUUUCGACGAGCAACGAGAAAACGACGAUUCCCAAAGUCUCCAAGGCCCUCACGGCGUCGAUCUCAACUCCCCUUUGGACGUUUUCUACGCGAUACUCAAGCAGGUAGCCGAAACUCCGCAGGAAAUCCCGUUCCUGAGCAUAUUGCAGCACUUGCUGCGCAUCGAUCCCAAAGAGCCCGUUUCGGACAUCAUCUGGGACACCGCCGAGCGGCUGGUGCACCGCGCUACUCUGCUGGAAAACCGGGAGGAUUCAGCGCGGUUGCUCAGAACCCCGAGCACCCAAUCGAAACUCUUCUGCCACUGCCAACUUCGAAUAGACAACUCCAGCAGAAGACAGAGCUUGACGGGCCCGUUGAGUCCUCCACCGCCUGCGCCCGGACCGCCUCCUCCUCCACCACUAAUAGGAUCGCCUUUGCCUCCUCCGCCUCCACCGCCGCCUUCUAUUCCGAACCCCCCUUGCGCGCCGCCCCCGGCGCCCGCGCCUCCCCCGUUGCAGCUGAAAACCAAAACGCAAAUUUCCUCUCAAAUGGAAACCGACAGUGUGAUAGAAAAAUUACCGCAACAGGAAAUCCCCGCGCCGAAGACGAAAAUGAAAACCAUCAACUGGAACAAGAUCCCCAACAAUAAAGUAGUAGGUACGAAUAAUAUAUGGACUCAAGUGGCGUACUCUCAUCAACAUUCCCCCAUGACUGACAUGGAUUGGUCGGAAAUGGAGGGGCUGUUUUGCCAGCAAGCUCCGCCAUCUGCGCAUUCUUCUCCUAAAUUAGGCCAUAGGGAUUCUUCGGAUAACCUGGAGAGGCGAAUGCGGAAGGAUAAUACAGAGAUAACAUUAUUGGAUGGAAAAAGAAGCCUGAACGUCAACAUAUUUUUAAAGCAAUUCAGAAGCUCCAACGAAGAUAUAGUACAAUUGAUCAAAAACGGCGAACACGACGACAUCGGAUCGGAGAAACUGAGGGGCCUGUUAAAACUGUUGCCCGAAGUAGACGAAUUAGAUAUGCUAAAAUCAUUUAACGGGAAUUAUAACAAACUGGGCAAUGCCGAAAAAUUCCUAAUACAACUAACCAAUCUAUCGAACUAUAAAUUACGAAUAGAAAGUAUGCUAUUAAAAGAAGAAUUCACCUCGAAUAUGAGCUACUUGGAACCAAGCAUUAACUCAAUGAUCAUCGCAGCACAAGAUUUAAUGACGAACAAACCUUUACAAGAAGUGCUGUACAUGAUUCUAAUAACAGGAAAUUUUUUAAACGCGGGUGGAUACGCAGGAGACGCAGCCGGCGUAAAGCUAACAUCCUUACAAAAAAUAACCGACAUCAGAGCUAAUAAACCAAAUAUGAAUCUCAUACAUUUCGUAGCCCUACAAGCGGAGAAGAAAGAUAGGAAGCUGCUUUCGUUUACUGAUAACAUCGGCGUGCUGGAAGACGCCGCUAAAACGACCGUUGAGCAACUACAAAACGAAAUCAACGCGCUAGAUAUACGAAUCAACAAAAUCCGAAAGCAAAUCGAAACUCCCACGACUGAGCCCGAAAUUAAAGCCCAAAUGACGGACUUUCUGCAGAUCGCUGAAAGAGAGGUAACGAGCCUGCAAAGGAGCAUGGGAGAAUUGGAACUGGUUCGCAAAAAAUUAGCGGAGUUCUUCUGCGAAGACAUCAACACCUUCAAACUGGAAGAGUGCUUCAGGAUAUUCCACGGGUUCUAUUGCAAGUUCAAACAAGCCGCGUUGGAAAACGAGAGAAGAAAAUUGCAAGAGGAACAAGCGAACGAAAGGAGGCGCCAGCGCGAAGAACUCUUGGCGACGAAACGGAGGCAAAUGGAAAAUUUAGCGGGCACUCCGGACUCGGACGGUUUCUGCAUCGACAUGCAAAUCUACGACACAAGGGGAUCGUUCUACUCGAAGAAAGGCCGGAAAAACGGCUCGGAAGACGAAAUUUCCUUGUCCGGUUCCCCAUCGUUCUCCAGGCGUCGAUUAGGCUCCUUCAAUAACGGAGAUAACCCCAUGGGUGGCAAAGAAGAGAAAUCCCCCGACAUUACACCCAACGGUAGCUUGAGAAGAAGAAGAAGCAGAGUUUUAUCCGAAGACGACGAAGGGAACUUGAUGGACUUCCUACGAGCCUCCGGAGGAGACAACAACAGGGAACGAAGAUCAUGGGGUAGUUUAGAUCGUUCGUGGGCGAGGAAAGCAAGAGGCAGCGGCCCGAGGAAACGACCGGCUCUAUUAACAGCCGAUUUCUCCAGCGACAGGGAAAGGCCAUCCUCACCAUCGCCGCUAUCCGAGCACAAACCCAUCGUGCCCGCUCCCGAGGAGGAGACCAAGCCGAAGGAAUGGCGGCAGAAAAUCGAAUCGUGGCUGCAAGCCAACGAGAACGACCAGCUGAGCGACGAGCAGAGGAGAAGCCGCCGAUUGGCCAACCGGAGGUCCUUGGAGAUGGACUCGGAGAGCGAAAGGAGCGGCACGCUGGACACGCUGCCCGAGGGCAAGCAGGUGUACAGCGGCGGCCAGUCGAGCUACAGGAAGGUCCAUCCGGCCUGGCAGCCGUCGAGCGCCAUCGAGGGCACCGACGUGGUCGGGGCGAUGGAGGCGGUCGAGGAGAUCCAGCCGCAGAUCAAGGACAAAUCGGCGUGGAGAAAGUCCACGUUGAACGUGGCCAACAGCACGGAGGCUACUAAGGAUAACCCUUACGCGAGCCGGCACAAAACACUGCAUUCCAUCGACGAAGACAAAGCGUUGGACCGCAAACUGUUGAUCAGUUCUUUAGGCGAACGAAUGCCCACCGAUAGGAUCACUUUGUACAUCAGAAAACCGAACGACACUCCUUCAUCACUUUCAACUGCCACUAGUCAGACGGAUUCCCGUCGCUCUUCGCCCGAAUCGGCGCAGCGCGCUUCGGACAAUUCCAGCAACAACAAGGUGGAAAUCGACCAGGACAAUAUCGAAACCCCGCCGGCCAUUCGCAGGACUUUCGUGCCCACGCCGGCGGAGAAACGGGAGCCCCUGAUGCCGGGGCUUUGCAGCAGGAGAAUCGGCAGGAGCAGCAACUCAAUGGUGCCGGCGUCUCAAGACGAGCCCGAAGAUGGGCCGGUGCUAGGCGAUGGACAGUUCGACAGAUACUCGGCGACGAGGCGCACUCGACGGUAUAAGAGAAACCAGGAAAAUCCCGAAAUAACUACCUCAUCUCCAACUGAAACCGUUGCAGCUGAAACGCAAAUCCUGAAAGCUCCCACUCAAAUCGAGGUGUCUCGUCCCACUGUUUCCAUCGAGCCCACGUUGGAUAAAGAAACUAGAUUAAAGGCUUGGCAAGAAAAACUGAAAACCCAACUCGAACCGGAGACGAAGAACGGAAGACGAUGGAGAAAUCAAACUGGCAUCAAACAAAGCGACGUCGAAAUGGCUCUGCAAUUAGGCAAAGACUCUUCUAACUACAUUGCGCCGGAAACGAUAAAGGCGACUUCCAACAAAAUCGACAUACCAUCUCGCAAGACCAAAGAACACGACAACGACGAAGGCUUCGAGGAAACCCAGAGCCUCAUGUCGGAAUCUCCCAGUCAAGGCGCCUCCUCCGGCGGCGGGAACUUCGACAACGACAUCGACAGCUCGCAGAUAGUCGUGGCCGAUUUCACCAAGCCGAAACCGAUCAGACAGGCGUCCCUGGAGAGCGGCAAAGGAACGCCCGAUUCCAGCAUCAGCAGCGACGUUACCUUAUCCAAUUACAGUCGGUCCACACCGAUGAGGAACACCAGAUUGCAUUCCUUGCCGCUGUCUAAAACUCCUAGGAGCAAUAUUAGUAGUCAAAGAAAGCCGAGUCAGGAUAGCGUUUUGAACAAGAAAAGCGUUAUACCUAGGAGGGAAAGCUCCGGUAAAGCCGAUUCGAAGAGCAAUUCCGGUUCUUCCAAAAUCUAUGGCAUCCAAAAAUCUAAUUCAAGAAACUCGAUAGUAAGCUCCCGCAGUUCGCUGAACAGCGCGACCUCGACCAGCACCGUUAAAAAGUUACCUCUGAAGCCAAAUACUAGCAAUAACGUAUCGCGGCCGGUCCAAAGGGCGUCCAGCGGCAGGGCGAUGUCGUCGCCUUUGAAAACGAACCUGAAGAGGACCCCGUCGGUGGGGAACAGCGCGGGAAAUCGGCCGCCGAGACCGCAGGCGAUGAGCUUCAUGAAACCGACGGCGUCGAGCGCCACUAAGAGCAAUCCGGCGCUGCCGCCCACCCGGUUCAGCUCGUUCAGAUCGAAGAAUUAGAACGGUUGCUGGGAAUUGCUGUGGUAGAAAUGACGACAUAGACGAUGUAACAACGAGCUCGAUUGCACCUGAGCUGAUACAUUUGUAACGCAACUUUCGUUUAAACAGGAGGCCUUUGAAACUGCUCAAAGUUAUCGCGAUUAUUUUUGUUUGCACAUCUCUCAGUUUCUCUAAAUCUUUUGUGUGCCAUUAUUUUUCGUUUGAAUCAUUUUGUUACAAACCUUUUUUUUACAGAUCUUUGCAUUUAUUGUAGGAUUAACGCUAAAUCAGUUGACUUCAAACAUGUACUGUUUCAUUUGUUUACUAGUCAGAAAGUGCUUUUCACUGUUUUGGUAUUAGGUACUUAAGUUGUACAUUAUUUUAUUAUUAUUCAAGGAUGCAAUAGAUAAAUUUUAUACAAUGUUAUACUUUAUUGAAUAAACUUUUUUUAUAUUAGAUAUAGUUAAAUUUAACGUAGGUACUUUUACGUAAAACUGUUUAACUCUUAUUUAUUGUUACAUUAGAUUGUAAGUUUUAUCGAUUUUUUUUAACUCUUCAGUAUUAUUUAAUAAUGAAAUAGCAUCAAUUCGAAAUAUUGUAUUAGUGAAGUUUGUUUUAUUAAUCUAACCAGGUACUAAUUUUCAUGCGAUUUGUUACCAAAUACC